AUGGCAGACACCCCGCCACAGGCCGUCGCCAGCGCAAGCUGGCUUCCCGCGAAGUCAUGGCAGCACUUCGUUGCAGGCGGACUGGGGGGAAUGUGUGGCGCGAUUGUGACGAGCCCGUUUGACGUUGUGAAGACGCGAUUGCAAUCGAGUCUCUUCAGGGAGAAACACACGACACUGGGGCUCGCCGGUAACGGUGUAGUCGUCGUGCCACGACGUACAAAUAUUCUAUGGCAUUUUGUGGAGACUGGACACAUCCUGAAGGACAUCGCCCGAGAUGAGUCUCCAAGGGCACUCUUCAGGGGUCUCGGGCCUACUCUGGUCGGGGUGAUCCCAGCACGGUCUAUCAAUUUCUUCACCUACGGCAACGGCAAGCAGAUUAUCGCGAAGCAAUUUAAUCACGGGCAGGAGAAUAGCUGGGUUCACCUAAGUGCCGCUGCGUGUGCGGGCAUCGUGACAGGAACAUUGACAAAUCCGAUAUGGGUCGUCAAAACUCGUCUGCAGCUCGAGCGGCACGACAGUCACACGAAGCUAGCGCGCCCGACGUCGUGGGGCAUCAUCAAGAAGAUCAUGCGGGAGGAAGGUGUCCGUGGAUUCUACAAGGGUCUCAGUGCUAGCUACCUAGGCGUCACGGAGGGCACGAUACAAUGGACGUUGUAUGAGCGAUUGAAGCGACUUACUGCGAACACAGAGGGUAAGGGCGGCGUCCUGGAGUGGUUAGGCAUGCUUGGGAGCGCAGGAACGGCCAAAUGCGUGGCGAGUCUGAUUACAUAUCCACAUGAGGUCGUCCGCACGCGUCUCCGGCAACCACUCAUGGAUGGAAAGGUGAAGUACACAGGACUUAUCCAGACUUUCCGGGUAGUCAUCGCAGAGGAGGGCGCGCGCUCGCUUUAUGGCGGUCUCAGUGCGCAUCUCAUGCGAGUAAUUCCGAACGCCGCGGUCAUGUACUCUAUCUAUGAAGCCGUCCUCCGCUGGGCAUGA